AUAAACGUUUGUCUUUGCUCUGUGCGUGUGAAUAUGAUUUUAAAAAUAGUUUGAAAUGUGAUUGUUAUUCAAACGUUUGUCUUUGCUCUCUGAGUUUAAAAUUUAAUUCAUGUUUGUGUUAGGUUAGAUAAUAAAUUGAGUGGUUAGUGUAAGAUAAUGGUUGGCUUAGUUAAUAAAUGCUACAUCCUUCUCUUCAAUGCUGUUAGAUAUAUGUCAUUUCAGUUAUGGUUGGUUCUGAUCUUUCUCUUCUAUAAACUGUGUGAUUCUCUUCUCUUUUUCUCACGUUUCUUCAAACACUGGUCUUUUAUUUCUCUUUUGUUCAAACACUGGUCUUUAAUUUCUCUCUUUCUUAACCGUGUGAUAUGGAUUCUAAUCCUUCCACUGGAACUAGCAAGUUUGUUGAACUACUUAAUAGUCAACAAACAGUUUCCUUUGGUAACUUUGAAGAUAGUGUUGAACUAUCUUCAUCACAAGUUCCAUUACGAGGAAGUGUAGCAAACGAAGCUUCAAACUUUGCUGGAGACAGUGGUGCAGAGCGUUGCCAACGACGGGCAUGGACACCAACGGAUGAUGUUGUCCUGAUCAGCUCGUGGUUAAACACGAGCAAGGAUCCUGUGGUUGGCAACGAGCAAAAGUCCACGGGUUUUUGGAAAAAGAUUGCUGCUUAUUUCGCGGCAAGUCCUCUGGUUGCUGGCGGCAGAGAGAGAGAGGCAGGACACUGCAAGCAACGAUGGCAUAGGAUCAAUGACCUCGUCUCCAAGUUCUGUGGAGCUUAUGAAGCGGCUACUAGAGAAAAAACUAGUGGCCAAAAUGAGAACGAUGUUUUGAAGCUUGCUCAUCAGAUAUUCUACAACAACUACAACAAGAGGUUUACACUUGAACACGCUUGGAAGGAAUUGAGGCACGACCAGAAGUGGUGCGAGUUGGCCACUGCUAAAAACGGAGAGACCAUGAAGAAGAGGAAGGGUAAGGAGGGUGGAGAGACUGAGAGUUCUCAAGCGACCGAGAACAAGCGUCCCAUUGGUGUGAAGGCCGCAAAGAAAGCUUCUCACAAGCCGGUGGUAGAUGAUAGUAGACUGAGUCUGCUUGGGAGUCUCAUGGACAAAAAGGAACGGUUGUCUAAGAUGAGUCUGCUUGAGAGUCUCAUUGAAAAAAAGGAACCCCUAGCGGAGUAUGAAGAAUGCCUCAAGAAGCAGCUCAUAAAUGAGUUGUUCUAAAUUGAUUGUAAUGAGAGAAAGGUGAAGAGAGAAAGGUCACGGGAAGUGUUGAAGUCAAGUGUCACGAGUGGAGUAGUUGUUGUACUCUAGUGUCACGAGUGUGUGUGUGUCAGGACAAGUGUAUGAUGUUGUUGUUGUACUAUAGUGUCACAAGUGUUUAUCUUUAUGUGUAUGUGUGUGUCACGAGAUGUGUAUGUUGUUGUUGUACUCUAGUGUAUGGUCAUCUUGUUAUAUAGGAUCAGAAACACAACAUUUUACUCACACUCUUCUCUCUGUUCUUAUAUCUCAAGCGUUCUCUUCUUGCAUUCUCUAGAUUCUGAUCACAAACACAAAUUAAUAGGAUCAGAAACACAAACAUUUUACUCACACUCUUCUCUCUGUUCUUAUACCAAACUUCUUUCCGUGUAAUUGUGAUCACAAACACAACACACGCUAUUUCACAAAUUAAAUUCUAACAAAUUUCUCAUGGCUUCUUCUUCAAAUCACAAUUUCGAUGGAUCAAUCGAUGAUGAAAUUGAUCAAACGUUUGAUCAAUAUUUUAAUCAAUAUUUUGAUCAAACUUUUGAUGAAACUUUUGAGGAUUUGUGCAACGUUUAUGGUGAUCAAGAAGAUGAAAGGAAGACAAGAAAAAAAAGAGUUUUUAUCGAAAGAAAUCGUGAAGAAGGGCAUGUCCGGUUAUGGAAUGAUUAUUUCAGUGACACUCCAACAUAUUCUGAAAAUCUAUUCCGACGGCGAUUUCGAAUGAACAAGCCUCUGUUCAUGCGUAUUGUAGAUCGCCUCUCCAAUGAAGUUCGAUUCUUUCGUCAAAAGCAAGACGUUACCGGAAGACUUGGUCUCUCUGCCCUUCAAAAAUGUACAGCAGCUAUUCGUGUGUUGGCAUAUGGUUCUGCGCUUGACGCGGUCGAUGAAUACCUCCGGCUCGGUUCAACCACUGCUCGGUUAUGUGUGGAAAAUUUUGUGGAAGCCAUAAUAAAUUUAUUCGGUGAUGAGUACCUGCGAAGACCAACAGCGGCUGAUCUUCAGAGUCUUCUUCAUAUUGGAGAGCUUCAUGGAUUUCCCGGGAUGAUAGGAAGCAUCGAUUGUAUGCAUUGGGAGUGGAAGAAUUGUCCCACUGCUUGGAAAGGCCAAUAUUCUCGUGGUUCGGGAAAACCCACAAUCGUUUUAGAGGCGGUUGCUUCAUAUGAUCUCUGGAUAUGGCAUGCGUUUUUUGGACCUCCAGGUACCUUAAAUGAUAUUAAUGUUCUUGAUCGCUCACCGGUUUUUGAUGACAUCAUAAAUGGUCGAGCCCCGCUAGUGAAUUUUUCGGUCAACGGAAGAGAGUACCAUUUGGCUUACUAUCUCACCGAUGGUAUUUAUCCAAAGUGGGCAACUUUUAUCCAAUCGAUUUCACUUCCACAAGGGCCGAAAGCAGUUUUAUUUGCGCAACGUCAAGAAGCUGUUCGAAAAGAUGUCGAGCGGGCUUUCGGAGUUUUGCAAGCUCGGUUUGCCAUUGUUAAAAAUCCCGCACUUUGUUGGGAUAAAGUCAAGAUUGGGAAGAUUAUGAGAGCAUGCAUCAUACUCCAUAAUAUGAUUGUUGAAGACGAACGAGAUGACUACACUCAUUUUGAUGUCUCAGGUUUCCAACAAGGAGAAGGGAGCGGAAGUUCACGUGUUGAUCUGACCUAUUCUACAGAUAUCCCUACUAAUAUCGCCAACCAGAUGGGUGUUCGAACGAGAAUUCGUGAUAGACAAGCGCAUGAACAACUAAAAGGUGAUUUGGUUGAACAUAUAUGGCGUAAAUUCGGAAGUGAUCAAGACAACAACUGAGAUUCGAUGCCGCUUUGAAAUUAUUAUCUUUCAUUUAUGUAAUAUUUGUUUUAAUGUUUUAAUGUUUCUAUUUUAAAAUCUAUGUUUAAAAUGUUAUGUUUGACUUUGUUUUAAUUAAUAAAUAAAUUUAAUCU